AUGUCUGACAGCGAUGCGGGGGACGAGGAGGACGAAACCAGGGUGUGGGGGAACAUGUGCGCGCUAAACAAGCGCAGCGGCGCGCCGCAGGCCAGCCGUGGCGCGGGCAGGGAAUGCGAAAAGGGACAGCACUGGCAACAGACGGGGCCAGGCAUGAUCGAGUCGACGUCAUCAGCUACAAACCAGGUAUACUUAGGAAACUUGCCUUGCGACGUCGAUUGGCGCGACCUAAAGGACCGCGUCACGCAGGCGGGCAGCGUGGAAUUCCGCAGAGUGCUCACACACGAUGGGGCCGUCUACGGCAGAUCGUUCGGAUGCGGUCAGGUACGUUUCUCCACACAGAAGUAG